ACUUUGGACCUGAGAAGAGGAGCUGAGAGAUACAACGAAGACUUGUUAGGGAGACACAAAGAACUACUCCACAGCAUAGAAGAUCAAAUAUUUUGGAUAGGACUCAGUUUUUCUGGGGGCUUCAACCGAGCAGGGAAACUAUGGAGCACUACCAAGAUCAGGGCUGUGAUUGCGCUGAAUUGCUUGACUGGCUCUUUGAUAAAAAUGACGGAAUUCUCCGUCACGAGCAAACAGGAAACCAUGGCAACCAUCACAUCUGGCCAUAUGUGGAGCCUAAUAUGCAGCAGACAGCUGAGCAGGCAGACGAUGACUUUCUCAAUGCCCUUCUGAGUGGAAAUGAUUCUGUGUCUGCCUCACCACUAUGGUCUCCAUCUCCUAGCGAUAGUGGAAUCAGUGAGGAUCCUCCAUCAGACCAGAUGGACAGUCCUCAGCGCUCUGAAAGCCCCCCUGGGGACACCCAGUACUUUGGUACAAGACCUCAAACCAAGGCAGCCCUGGAAGCCAAUGUUGAGCUCAAUGGCUGGGAGCUCGGCUUCCCAAUGGGCAAGACAAAGAUUACACAGUGUCCUUCAGAUGUACACAGACCAUAUCUGUCCUCUGGCUUCCCGCUGACAGUCAAAGAUCUGCUACUCUCUGGCACACCAGAGCCGCCCCCACAGCCAUCACAAAAGUCAAUUCAAGAAUUGAUUCUCAAUGAGGAUGAGAAGAAGCUUUUAGCAAAGGAGGGUGUCACGCUGCCCAGCCAGCUACCUCUUACAAAGUAUGAAGAAAGGAUCCUGAAGAAAAUACGCAGAAAGAUUCGCAACAAGCAGUCUGCCCAAGAGAGCAGGAAGAAGAAGAAGGAGUAUAUUGAUGGGCUAGAGAGCAGGAUGGCUGCUUGCAGUGUGCACAAUCAAGAGCUACAGAGAAAAGUGUCCCAGCUGGAGAAAUGCAACAUGUCACUGAUGGAGCAGCUGCGCAGGCUGCAGGCUCUUGUCAUGAAUUCAUCAAACAAGCCAGCUCAGACUGGGACAUGUGUUCUGGUGCUCUUGCUGUCCUUCUCCCUAAUCCUGUUCCCCAGUCUCAAGCCUUUCUCUGACAGUAAGGUCAGCCAAGACGACUUCAGUCCAGUCAGAAUCCAGUCACGGUCCUUGCAGAACCUUCAGGCUUCACGUGUGCUGCAUGUCACUGACUCCCCAUUUUCCACCGACGAUGAAUCCGAGCUUCUGCAGCAGCAUUUCUCCAGAGAGCAGGGAUUGGAAGAUAUUACUAUGCUGAUGGAGAAGCUAGAUGUACAACAAGAACAGUCUAGUGUGGAGUCCACACCUCUAAACAGCAGUCAGGAAGACAGUCUCAGUCAUUUCCAUGUAGACCCAAUUACCGGUCACAUAGCUGCUGUGACUUUAAUUCCCCAGCGCUCUGCCACUCUACGACCACAUGCAGAUGACAUGUAAGGGAUACAAAGAGAUUAAUCCCAUGAAUCAGUCCUACUAAUGUAGGGAGUAGGGAACUAUCAGGGAGUGUUGUUUACACAAACAGGGAAAUUAACUUUUGAUUAUUCCUGUUUUAUCUUCAAUGCAUUAGCAUUCUUUUCCACAUUUGUCAUACUGUUUUUUUUUUUUAUUGUUUGUUUUGUUUUGUUUUGUUUUGUUGGUUUUGUUUUGUUUUGUUUUGUUUUUUAGAAAAUGGCUUGUUCACCAAGAAGUGUGGAUACUUUUACUUCUGUCCUUGUUAAGAAAAUGUCAACAUUAAUUAGCAAUCUAGUGAGUUAAAACCUGGGCAAAUAGAGCUUUGAUGGUUUGUACAAUUUUUAUUCAAAUGGCUAAUUUAGAAAAAGUAGGGUUGGAUUGUUGUUUUGUUGUGUUUUUUUUUUUUUUUUAAGCAUGCCUUCUCUGUAAGAUUUGAUUACAACUGUCUAGAUUCAUUCAUGGAUGAAAUAAGGUGUCACAAGACUAUUUGUAAUACCGUGAACUGUUAUGAUGUUUCUGUUAACAAUCAAAAAGCCAGUCAAAGCACAUGGGCGACAACUCACUUGACAAUUUUGCUAAUCCUAAAACUCUGCUAGAUCAUCAGAGCCCCCGAGUGUUGUUGCUUAUAUUGUCAGCAGUAUCUCAGGAACAGUGGUGUGUCACUCUCUGAGGUCAAUUUUGAUCGAUAGCUUAUCCUUUUGGUGAUCUACAGAAGUUUUCCAGGCAAUAAUAUCCCAUCCUUGAGGUUUACAAUCCAUUCUAUAUGUUAAAUCCAUGAUGAGUGAUCCACAAUAACAUAAUUUUUUAUCAUUUUUUUGUAAUAAAAAAAGAGAUUGUUAUCACUACAAUGUUGAUAAGACAAAUUAAAUUAUGAUGAUGUCA